GGCAGCAUUAUGAAUCUGCAGAGGACCGAGCGAGUUCACCUCUGCAGCUGUGAGGAGCCUCUGUGAGGUGAUGGCGUUUGGCUGGGGGGCCGCCGUGCUGCUGCUGCUGCUGCCGGCUGCAGCUCAGGCUCAGAGCGGAGACGGAGUCACUGACACGGAGCCCAGAAUUCGCUGCACCUCCGACCUCAUGAGGGAUGGAAGCACUCUGACCUGUAAACUGAUCGGAGGCAUCGAGGAUGAUGACGAUGAGGCUGGUGACAUAGAGAAGAUGACAGUGUGUUACGAGGACAAUUUGUCACAGCGGAAAAUCUGUUUGGAGGAUUUCGGGGACACGGUCACCUCCACAGACCUGAGAUAUACGGUUGUUUACAAUGUGACUGUCCACCUAAAGAGAGGAGGCAAGAUCAAAACUACAGUCUACACAAACAAAAUAGUUAAACCGAAAAGUCCUCAGGUGUGGAACGUUACUUUCAUCCAGGAGACUAACCAGGCUGUCAUUAACAUUCGGAUUCCGUACAAGGAAGACUACCUGAAAAUAGAAAAUCAACUCUUCCAGCUGCACAUCUGGACCGCGGGCAGCAUGGAAAUGAUUCAAAACGUCUCAUCAGACAGUGUGAUUAUUGAUUUGGAGCACCUGCAAAGAAACGCCGAGCAUCAUGUCCAAGUGCGAGCGAUACCUAACAAACAUCUGCAAGGUACCUGGAGCGAGUGGAGUGAACCGGUCACUUUCUUUACUCCUGCUGUCCAAACACCGACAGAUGACAGGCGGGAGAUGUACACCCUGAUUUUGUGUCUCGUCCCUUUUGUGGUGGUGACUUCCAGUGUUGUUUUCUUCUGGAAAAACAAAGCCUACGUGUGGCCGAACAUCCCGCAUCCUAAACACACACUGGUGCAGAUCUGCAAGCCAAAUAAAGGUCUCCUAUUGAACUUCAAACCUGAGGUGUUCAGCGCCCUUAAAGUCAACCCCACGGAAAAAACUGACGAGCAGUCGAGUGAUGAAGCAGAACCUUCGGUGCCUGCUGCUGCUGCUGCUGCUGACGGUACACAGUCGAAUCACGCCUGCUCCACCCAGAGCUCUGACUGCUCACGGAGCACCACCAGUGUCAGCACAGAGGAGCUGGAGCUCUCCGCCCUGCUGAGCAGGAGCUCCUCCGAAGGGGAGGACAGCCUCGAGAGCACCAGCCCGUCCCCCAUCAACGCCCUCCAGCUCGGGGAGAGUCCUGACACACCGCAGCCUGAGCGCAGCAGAGGACGCGAGGCUGAGCCUUACGUCACCAUGUCCAGCUUCUAUCAGAUAAAGUAGGUCAGGGUGAGGACGGACGGUGACGGACAGACAGACAGACGGAUAGGACCAGCAUAUUUAUCAAGUUUGUAUGAAUUACACUUCAGAGUGCUCUAAAGCAGUGUCUCCCAGCCUGGAGACCAGGACCCCUCAUGUCAAGUCGCAAGAUAAAUCCAAGGCUUUAAUAAGAAAACAUCUUUAAUUAAUUAAUUAAAUCAUUUUUAUUAGCAGCAUGGCCCUGUGGCAGACUGACAAAUCUCAAUAACUAUGUGAUGGAUUUAAGAAGUUUUAAAUCCAAGGAUUUAGCAUCUUUAGUUUAAAUUUUAAAUGACCACAUUUAACAUCUCUGGUAGCAUUUAAAUGGCACUUCCAUAACGUUGAGGGACUUAUAGAAACAUUUAAAAAAGAAUGGGUGAAGUCUGCGCACACAAAUUUUGUUAAAUAGCUUUUGUUCUCAUUUCUGCAAGUAAACGUGGAAGAUUUUUACUUUUAUCUUUCACUUGAGUCCCGAAUGUAACUUGUAGCAGUUAGAUGAAUCUGGGUUAUUGACCCAGAGGGUUUGAAAUGUAGCUUUUUAUAUAUAUUUUCUUUAUAUUCAGUAUUAUUUUACAUGAUCUCAUUGAUAUAUUGUAUGAUGACAUACCUCCUCAUACAGUCAUCUGAUGUUGUCCAUAGUUGGUUGUUGGAGGAACCUUAGAAGAUCCUACCAGUGUUUCUGCAUGUUUUACAAUGGUCUGUUAAGCUUUUAGUCAGGUCCACUGUGGGGAAUUACCCAUCGCAAGUCUACCAAGUUUCAAACCACAGUGAAUACAUUGAUUCUGUUGGCUGCCUGGAAGGUAGUCUCACAACUUACAGCAUGCUUAGGAUUCAUACAGAUGGGUGACAAAUGAUAAAGUGUUGGCGAGGUGUUUUUCCACCAAGAGUUUCCAGAACAGCUUCAGUUCUUCAUGUCAUACAUGCUCUAAGUCUCAACCGGAGGGAUGAACGCAAUUCUUCUGAAAGUUGUCACCUCGAAUUAAUGAUGGUGGUUGAUUAAUGAUCACGCCACCCCCAACUGAUGGUCAGCCUCUUCAAGAACGACCAGAAGCACCUAAAGGACAAGUAUAACAUCUUAACUACAACCCCCUAAAUAACCACUAGAACCACCUACAGGAUUCCUAAAACCUCCUCAAUGACCUUAACAACCACCUAACAGACCACAAGAACCAUCUAAAUGACACGGAGGACCUCUGAGACAACAACUAGAACCCUCUAAAGGACCACAAGAACCACCUUAAUGAUCCCUAGAACCUCCUCGGUAACUAGAACCACCUAAAGGACCUGCAGACCUUCCUAUUACUACACACAGGACUACCAAAACAUCCUUGGUGACCACUAGAUCAACUAAAGGACACCUAGAACCUCUUCAUGACCCCUACGCUUUAUGUUGAAUAAAUUACAGAUAAAUUAAACCACUAAAAUCACCUACAGGAUCUCUAGAAUAGUGACCUUAACAACCACCUAACAGACCACGAGAACCAUCAAAAAGAUAUGGAGGACCCCCGUGAUAACAACCAGAACCCUCUAAAGGACCACAAGAACCACCUUAAUGAUCUCUAGAACCUCCUCAGGAACUACAACCACCUUAAGGACAACUAGAACCACCUAAAGGGCCUCUAGACCAUCCUGUAACUACACAGAGGACUACUAGAACCUCCUCUGUGACCACUUGAACUACCUACAGAACCCCUAGAACCCAUCUUUUCUCUAAUAAUGUAAAAAAUGAAUGAGAGAUAUAAGUCUGUGUUCCAGUGCUGGUUGUUCUGCAUUCAGUAACGUUUCAUUCAUUCAGGGUUUCCUUUAAAUUUGUCACCUGUCUGCAUAAAGAUGUAGCACCAUUCUUUCAGGAGCUAAAACAUACACAAACACCAGUGAGGUCUAUAAACGAACGCUGCUCGUAUCUGCACUUAAACUGUUAGAGAACUAAAACUCCUGCUGUGCGUGUUCAUCAUGCAGGUGGGACAGGCUCAUUCUCACGCGGCACUCUGCCCACACCUCCACCUACCAGCGGCCCUGAACGCCAGUACAUGUCAUUAGGAUCACACUGAGCGGUCUGCAGGUGAGAUGUGGGUGUGUUGCUGCAGCAACCUGACCCGAUUGUUUGCGGAGACGCCAAACACAAUGCUGCUUCUUAAUAUAUCUAACACAACCUACACCUCAUGUUUCCUUACAGCAAAGGCUGACGUAGAUAUGCAGAAUGUACGCUUUAAUUUCAGAAUGAAGAAAUCUGAUUGUAAUAUUUCUCUCCAGAUUCAACUGUACUAAAUAUUCUGUAUAUACUUUAUGGGAAUGACUGAUUGUACCUGUUACGACGACCAAUGUUUUUUAUUUAAAUAAAGCCUGUUGCAUAUCAACGUACAAUAAAAGAGA